UCAGGGCGGAGGCUCGGGGCGCCAUGGGGAACAGUAAAAGCGGGGCUCUGUCCAAGGAGAUCCUGGAGGACCUGAAGCUCAACACCAAGUACUCGGAGGACGAGCUGUGCAAGUGGUACGAGAGCUUCCAGAAGCAGUGCCCGGACGGGCGCAUCAGCCAGGCCGAGUUCGAGAAGAUCUACGGCAACUUCUUCCCCAAGUCGGACCCCCAGGUCUACGCGCGCCACGUCUUCCGCAGCUUCGACACCAACGGCGACGGGACGCUGGACUUCCGGGAGUACAUCAUAGCCCUGCACCUCACCUCCUCCGGCAAGACCAACCUCAAGCUGGAGUGGGCCUUCUCCCUCUUCGACGUCGACCGCAACGGCGAGAUCAGCAAGAGCGAGGUGCUGGAGAUCAUCACGGCAAUAUUUAAGAUGAUUCCCCUUGAAGAGCAGAAAAUGCUCGCUGAGGAUGAAAACACCCCCCAGAAACGAGCCAACAAGCUCUGGGACUUUUUCAAAAAGGGGGAAAACGACAAAAUCGCCGAGGGGGAGUUCAUCUCCGGCGUGAUACAGAACGAAGCCAUCAUGAGGCUGAUCCAAUACGAACCCAAGAAAUAGGAAGGCCAAGGUCCCAGGCCGGGAGGGGAACGGCAAACAGGAGGGAGAACGCGGGCUGAGCAGGGGCGGAGUGAGAGGACGAGUGAAUGAGAAAACGAUGGAACGAACGAAUGAAACAACAUGUGUGCGAGGCACCCGACCCAUCUCCGUACGCUGCCAUGUUGGUCUUCACCCCUUUCCCCGGGUAGCUGGAUCCCUUCCCUUCCUCCGCCAGCAGCCCGCUCUGGGCACUUCCAAACAGGCUGUCGUUGGGGGCCGAGGGAGGGGGGACCCCACCGAGACCCCCGGGGUGGAAAGGAGCAGGGGAAAAGUGGGGGAGGUGAAAGAGCGGAUGAUGGGAAAGGAAGGAUAGGAUGAAGGAGAGAAAGAAAAAUGGAGCAAUGAAGGAGGAAGGAAAGCGGGGGAUGUAACAGGGAGGAAGGGGGGAAUGAGAAAGAACAGAUAAUAAAAAGGCAGAGCAGCAGUGAACAGAGGGCAGAGAACAGGAAAUGAGAGGAGAGAAAUAGCCGAUGGAAGACAAGGAUCACGUAAAGAAGGUGCUGCCCAGACACAGAGUCACUGAGAUUGGGGCCCCGUCACGCCGGGCGCUGCCCAGACAGAGUCACUGAGAUUGGGGCCCCGUCGCGCCGGGCGCUGCCCAGACACAGAGUCAC